ACGUUGAUGACGUCGCCAUAUUAACGCUGACGCCGCUGCUUAGUAGGGGGUUGUUCGUGAACCACAGUAUUCUGCAGCUUUAGCAUAUAAUCACAAUAUCUCACCUUCUUUCAAAAUGAGCACAAUGUUUGCAGAUACGAUACUGAUUGUGUUUAUAUCUAUUUGUACAGCAUUACUAGCGGAAGGAAUUACAUGGGUUCUGGUGUACCGCACAGACAAGUACAAGAGAUUAAAGGCAGAGGUUGAAAAGCAAAGUAAAAAACUGGAGAAAAAGAAAGAGACAAUUACAGAAUCAGCUGGGCGUCAGCAAAAGAAAAAGAUUGAAAGACAAGAGGAGAAACUCAAGAACAAUAACAGAGAUCUGUCUAUGGUACGGAUGAAGUCAAUGUUUGCCAUUGGCUUUUGCUUCACAGCUUUGAUGGGCAUGUUCAACUCCAUCUUUGAUGGUCGUGUUGUGGCCAAACUUCCAUUCCUCCCUUUGUCUUAUAUCCAAGGCCUCUCACACCGUAAUCUCCUUGGUGAAGAUUACACCGACUGUUCCUUCAUCUUCCUCUACAUCCUGUGCACCAUGUCAAUUAGACAAAAUAUCCAGAAGAUGCUGGGUCUUGCUCCCUCACGUGCCGCCACUAAACAGGCUGGAGGAUUUUUAGGACCUCCUCCACAAGCUGCCAAGUUUUCCUGAACAUUUGGAGACAGUGACAUUCAUACAUAGAGGCUCUAUACUGUAAAAGGAUGAGAGUGUUAGUCAGGUUGUGCAGCUACACGUGCUGACUGCUGAAGUCAUGUAACUUCAUUUUUUGUUUUUGAUUGUUUGUUUUGUUUCUAUGUAUAGGUUUUCAGUUAUCAUAAAUGUAUAAGUUAAUAUGUAGUCAAGUUUUUAACAGUAAAGUUCCUUGAGCAAAGGAUGUAAAUUCAGUCAUCAGCAUUUUUGUAAAUGUAUAUUUGCAUGUGUAUCUAUAUUUGCAGAUACUUCAUUGCUCAAAGGGUACAAUGAUUCUUUCUUAAAACUAGUAUUAUUUUAUAAUCAUCCUUAAGCUAUAUUAAUUAAUAUUAGACUGAGAUUAAUUUUUUUUUAAUUUCCUCUUUUUGACAAAUGAAAAAACUAUUUGACCCCGGAUUGUUAUCAUGUUUCUCUGUAAAUGUUUUA